AUGCCGGAGCGAGUGUACACGAGGUUCGACAACUCGGAUGACGAAAAACCCGUUGUCAACAAGCCUACAACAACUACCGUACCACCGUCGAAAACCAAGUCGAAGCCUGGAAAAGCCGAUAAAUCAUUAGAUGUCUCGAACAAGAAACGCAAACGAGACGAAUCAAGGCCGGAACCGGAAUCGAAGACGCACAAUGAGAGGAUAGCCGUACCCAUGCCAAAGCCAGAUUCUUCUUUCAAGAAUCUAGCGACCGGCAAUCCAGAGAAUGUUAGAAGAAAACACCAACGCGCGCAUCAAGAUAAUACGGCUAUAUCACGUUCGUUGAGAGAAAAGGCAAAGGCGUUAUUCGAAACCCGCAAGAAGCUACCAAUCUUCCAACAUGCAGACGAAAUCCGCCAAAAACUCAAAGACAACAAUGUCAUGCUCCUCAUCGGUGAAACUGGUAGCGGUAAAUCUACACAAGUACCGCAGUUUCUCGUAGACGAGCCAUGGUGCCAAAUGAAGAAAGUCAAAGCCACAACCUCCGAAGGAGACAGCACACAAACGAAGAGCAUACCAGUUGGUGGAUGCGUCGCAAUCACGCAACCGCGACGAGUCGCGGCAAUUUCGCUGGCAAGACGUGUCGCUGAGGAAAUGGGUACUCCACUCGGAAAAGCUUCUCCGGCGAGUAAAGUAGGCUAUUCCGUCCGAUUUGAUACCUCGGUGUCUCCAUCGACGCGCAUCAAGUUUUUGACGGAUGGAAUGUUGCUUCAGGAGAUGUUGCAUGAUCCGUGGUUGACAAAAUAUAGUGCUGUGGUUGUUGAUGAGGUCCAUGAAAGAGGUGUCAAUGUGGAUUUGGUGCUGGGGUUCCUGAAGAAUAUUCUUGAUAGCAAACGGGAAGGUCGAGGGGGGUUGCCGUUGAAGGUGAUUGUCAUGAGUGCUACGGCGGAUAUGGAGAGUUUACUUGAAUUCUUCGGGCAAGAAGCAGGUUCGGAUCAGAAUUUGGAUGGAGAACUAGCAACAUCGAAUGGAUCGACAUCUGAUAAGAAUGAAAAGACUCAGCUUAAUGCUGUCUCGGCUUGCCAUAUCAAAGGUCGCCAAUUCCCUGUUCAGACCAUCUAUUCACCAGCACCGGUACACGACUUUGUGGAUGCAGCACUGGAAACCAUCUUCAACAUACACAUCAAGGAGCCUAUGCCCGGAGACAUACUUGUCUUUCUCACCGGACAGGAAACAGUCGAGAAUUUAGAGUAUCUGGUCAAUGAGUACGCUGUUGGAAUGGACCCAUCGCUACCAAAAGUACUCGCUCUUCCACUCUUCGCAGCCCUUCCACAAGCAGCCCAGCAGCGAGUUUUUGCACCCGCACCACCACGAACGAGAAAGAUUAUCCUUGCAACCAACAUUGCAGAAACAUCUGUCACCGUAUCCGGCGUUCGAUUUGUGGUUGAUUGCGGCAAGGCGAAGAUGAAGCAGUUUCGCUCACGGCUGGGUUUGGACUCGCUUUUGGUCAAGCCGAUCUCAAAAUCAGCUGCCAUUCAGCGCAAAGGUCGUGCUGGGCGAGAAGCACCUGGAAAAUGUUGGCGGUUAUAUACGGAAAGGGACUAUUUGGCUUUGGACGAGGCUAAUACGCCUGAGAUAUUGCGUUCUGAUUUGAGUCAGAGUUUAUUGACUAUGAAAGCGCGUGGGGUGGAUGAUAUCAUGAAUUUCCCAUUUCUUACACGACCACCACGAGACUCAUUAGAAAAGGCGCUCCUUCAACUAUUCAACAUUCAAGCUUUACAAGAGACAGGCACGAUCAGCAAAAUCGGCUUGCAGAUCGCAAAACUACCUCUCACUCCACCUCUUGGUCGCGUGCUUCUAGCAGCAGCAGAGCAUGGCCAGAACUGUCUCUUGGACGUGAUUGACAUUAUAUCAAGUCUAAGUGUGGAAAACAUCUUUCUAAACACAAAUUCCGAAGAGAAAAAGGAGGAGGCCGAGAAGGCGCGAAGAGAUCUAUACAGGAGAGAAGGCGAUCAUUUGACCAUGUUGAUGACCGUGCAGGGUUAUGCGGCCGAGAAUACGGAUAGAAAAGCAUGGGCAGAGCGGCAUUUGGUCUCUCAUCGAGCCAUGCAGUCUGUUAUGGACGUCCGCAAACAACUAACAGCCCAAUGCAAACAAGCCAAACUCCUCACCGACGCCGACACGACAACCGGAAAACGUCCUCCCCCGGACGCACUGUCCGCCGUCUCAAUCCUCAAAAGCUUCUUGACCGGAUUCUCGACCAACACUGCUCGCUUAGUACCCGAUGGGUCCUAUCGAACGGUGGUCGGUAAUCAGACGGUAGCUAUUCACCCCUCGAGUGUUCUGUUUGGGAAGAGGGUGGAGGCGAUUAUGUAUAAUGAGUUUGUGUUUACGAAUAGAAGUUAUGCGAGGGGGGUUAGUGCUGUACAGAUGGAUUGGGUUGGGGAGGUUUUGAGUGGAUAG